AUGCCUUAUCAUCCCAAUUGCUUUGUUUGUGUUGUAUGUGCGGGUAGGCUUGAUUCUCGACCUUUCACUAUUGAUGUUCACGGUCGACUACACUGUUUAACAGAUUUCCAUAAAAGAUAUGCUCCAAGAUGUGCAUCUUGUGGGAGACCGAUUGUACCGGAUCCAGGGUGUCAAGAGGCUCGUCGUGUUGUUUCAGGAAAUUCAAACUAUCAUUUAGAAUGCUUUGGAGUACAAACGCUGCCUCAAAAUCAAAAUUUAAAGCCAACUGCAUUUAAAGUAAGCGGUAGUGUGGCUAGUUAA